AUCCGUAACUAAUAAUUUAAUUCAAUUCGCUUGAAAGUUUUCCCUUCCAUAAACAAAUUCCGACGCCUUGGUGGAUGCUUGUCCUCUAUUUGUGUCAAUUUCAGUUCGGUUUUCGUUGCUGUGUGAAAAGAAAGGAGCGAUCGUAAGCAAUGAGGGGUACAGUAGUCAAUCGUCUCGUGGCGGCAGGGUUACUAUCCUCAAGACCAGCCCAAAAAUUCCAUGGCGCUGCCUGGGCUUUGGCUACCAGACGGUAUGCAGCCACAGCGACGUUGGCAGAUGAGGAAUCAGAACUGAUGCCAUUUCCAAGGGAGGGUCCAGGAGUUAUGUAUGCACUAAAUUGGGCCCUUGCAUCUAAAAAGGUUUUCCCAAAGGGUGAAGUCUAUCACAACUCGAAAGAUGUUGAUUUGAAGCACAGUGCAACUUCAACAGAAAUGUCUGCUGGAAGUCCUCUAUUUGCUCGAGGAAGCUUCUCUUUGGGGGCAUCUGAUAUUUCAAAACCCCAAUUCAACAAACUGCUGAAACAGGUCACCAGUCAUCUUUCGUCCAUCCCAAAAAUUUUUGUGCAAGAUGGAGCUGUUGGGUCAUCGCCGAAGAUUGAUGCAAAAGUGCGAGCUAUAUGUGACAGUCCUUCUGCUGCUUCAACUCUCCGUAGUAUAUUGUGUCGAACUCCAACUCGAGAAGUUUCUCAUUCUGCCUUUGCUUUGACUGUUUAUGUUGCGUCAGGUGUAAGUCCAACUGCAUGGGAGAAUGUUGGGCUUGGGCAUCAGGCAAAUGCUGGAUUUGUGGUAGCAGAUUAUGAAGAAUCAGCUUUGAUUCUCUGUGGGAAAGCUUUUGCAGAUACUGCUGUAUUGAAGAGAGCACUAACUGCUGCUUCUGUACACGCAGUAUCUUCACGCAAUGCUCUGCCCUUGUCAGCCUGGCUUCUUGUGCAUGGAGAAUCUGUUAUCUUGUUAUUUGCACCAGAAAAGAUGGUUCAAAGUAGCACAGCUUUGCAAAAAAUGUUGGUUUCAAAAGGGGCAGGUGUUGCUUUAUGCUCCGAUGGAGUAGCAACAUUGUUUCAAACCAACGAUUCUAAAGCACCAAAUCUCUUCAAGCUGCCAUCAUCGGUAGUUAUGCUUUCUGCUGACAGCUCAGGUGUUAUUCCAUCUAUAUCCAAGCUUACACCUGGUCAAGCUGCCUAUCACUUUUUGGCUGGCUACCAAAAUGGUAACUUCAUGCCUGCAUACGAAUCAGGUCCUAUGUCUUUUGAUCCUGUAGCAGUUGCCAAGGAGUUUUCUUCACAGCUAACAAACAACAAAAUUCCCACUUUUCUUGUUAAUGUUAACGAAAGGGAGAAGACUCUGUCAGGAGAGGAGGUCUUGAAAUUGGUGGAAGAAACUCUUUCAGAUAAGUUGCCGUCAAGUAAAGGAAAGAAGCCAUCUAGUAGUACAGUUGAUGAUUUGAAGGCCAAGUACACAAAUUUCAUGUCAGGGAGGUUUCCAGAUCUGCCAGAGGAUAUUUCAUUCUAAUCGCUUUCUAUGGGCUGAAUAAGUACUUGUUGAGCACAUCUUGCUGGCGUGAAUGUGCAUUCUGCAACUAUUAGGAUGGGAUAAAAAGAAUAAAUUAUGAGUAAAUCCUAUUUAUCUGUUAUUCAAUCAUUCAUUUCUUGUACCCAUAACCAAGGAUGUCACUUGAUCUGUUCUAAGCUAAAAAAUCACUUCAAUACAUUUACCACCUUAUUUCAAAAUGUGCGAGGGAAAAAAUGUUGGUUUGGAUUCAUGCCCAUAUGUGAGGCCUUUGACAAGAAAAACAUGAGGGGAAAGUUCAUCUCUUUUGUCAUGAAUAGUUUGGAUCCAUAACAUUAAGCAUUUGUGUCAUUUGUGUCA